CACUUGAUAAUCCUUUGUUACCGUCAUGGCUUCUCUUGCGAAGCUCACGUCGCUCUCGACCCAGACGCUGUCCCUGCUCCUUGAGCGCCAGCGGCUGCAGAACCUCAACUCGACAUCACUCCAUACGCCCCAGAUUGCGAAGAAUCUCGAACAGCUCAGGGCGGGCAUUCUAGCUAUGGAGGAGCGGGAGGGCCCCUCAGAGGCGUCGCGGUUACUGCGUUCCCAACAUGAGCGAAUGCGGGGCAUGCUAGGUCCGGAGGCGGACGCAGCUGGGGCGCAGAGGUGCGAAGAGCUCCAGCCACCAGCCUCGAGCGCGGAUGCUUCGACUUCAUCAACGCCGGAGCCAGGCUCCCCGGCCGCUCCCACUCCCCCUACAGCACGGCCCACGUCCUCAGCAGACUCGGGCUAUGCGCCAUAUACCGACGACCCGGAGGCUGGAUAUACCUCGCAGGAUAUGCUGCUUCAACAACGGGAGAUCAUGGAGGACCAAGACGUGCAUCUCGACAACCUCUCGCGCUCCAUCACACGACAGCGGGACAUUUCGCUGCAGAUCAACGACGAGUUGGACGUACAUACCGGCCUCCUGGAGGGGCUCGAUCACGACCUGGACCGGACGGACAGCAGACUCACUAGCGCGAGACGGAGGUUAGAUCGCGUAGCAAAGGGCGUGAAGGGGAACGGCUCGACCGUUAUGAUCGGCGUCCUCAUACUCGUGUUGCUCAUCCUCAUCAUUGUGUUCAAGACAUGACAUUGGACACUCCACAGACCCUCGGCUACGCUCGCUUUGCAUGUAUGGAUAUGUACUUCACACCCCACCUAAUCCGCUAUGAUAUGGCAAUUGACCUGUCUU